CCCUCACUAAGCCUCACUCUCGAACCACCAACAAACAUUCCAAGACGGUGGCCCGGCGUAUUUUGGAAGUCAUACCUUGACUUUUCUUGACGUCUUAAGCCUUAACAAGCACCUACGGACACCAUGUAAGCGGGAAACGCUGGUACAACCUUUUAUCCGUGUAAUCUGACCAAAAUGUGACUGCUAUGCACGAAAGAAAUUUGUGUAAAACGCGGGAACUGGCGAGUAGUGUUGUGGUCGUCGCACGACAUUUUCCUCAGGUUUUCCUUUUCUUCUCCACAAAGAAAGUGGGAGUCGAGAGGUGAGAAUGAGCUCCACGCAAGUGGGUCAGCAGAAUUUAAGGCCCAGCACCGUAGCUUGCAGUCAGGACGCCACAGUUUCCGAGGAAACGUUAGCGGUAGGCGAUGGGGGAAAGGGGUUGACUGAGGGGAGGGCUAGCUCGAGCUCUCCCCGGCUGCCAGUGAACAACGCGCCGAGCACGACAACAACAGCUGGCGGUAGUGCUGGGUCGACAGGGCUUCUGCCGCCUAUCUCCGCAACAACAAGCAAGGUGAUGGAGACAGAUGAGCAGAGGAAAACACAUCGGCCUUUCGCCAAGAUCAGCAACUUUCUCAGCGCACUGCGGCCACGUGGCGGAAAACAAGGGGAGGAAAAAUCUGUCAGAAAAGGUUCUGGAAGAAGACGUUACGUGGGUAACUUGCCACCCAUCCACCCCCCUCAAGCCACCCCCACCUGCACCAGCCCCCUGGUCACUGCUCCCCCCACCACCCCGGUGAGGACGUCCCCCACUCAGCCACAGCAACAACAACAACAGAGUCCGGCAAAGUCACAGCAACCUAUCAUCAUCAGAAAAACCUUUCAGGAAUUCAAGGAUGACGCUACCCAAGCCCACUCUUCUGGCAACUUCAAGACCCUACAGGAAUUUUAUUCAACUUCAUUUGACUCCUUCUACCAGCUUGUUGGUACCUUUCAGGAAGAAAGUUCUACAACAAGAAACCCUACUGAGCACCCAGGGGUGGCAGUCCAACUCCUAGAUGCUGCCUAUAGUGAACUUAUGGAAUUGCCACAAGAUAUUCAAAAGGUUGUUCUCAGGGGAAUUGUAAAUAGUCUUCUCCAAAAAGAUAUCAAAGGGCCCAGAAGCUUCAAUGACUUGCGAGCUUACUUCAUCUUCCUUAAGAACCCACAGUUCAGCCAUGUGAAGACCUAUGUCAUCUUUGCCCACCUGAUAAGACACCUGGCACACCUGGAGGACAAAGAACAUCAGGUGCUCGUUGGCUGGAUGAGAAGACUGCCCGCUGUGCAAUUCCGUGACAUCGUGGACCGCCUGCUACAGUUCAUCUCUGUGAGGCUUUUCCCCCCGAAACAGGACGAACUCCCGCCCCUGGCCAAGUGUGGAUGGUGGAUACCCUCGGCCACUAAAGUCCUUGCUCUCUUUAAUGCUGCUAACAACAUCUGUGUGCCGAUGAAAAUCCCCCACUCCCACUUCUACAACAGUGCCUUGGACCACAUAGACCUGAUGGCAGAGUACAUGGCAUGGCAGAACCCAGCUACACAUCCAGGGUUUUCAUUUUGCCAGUACCCCUACAUCCUCAGUAUUGCAGCCAAGAGGAAAAUCUUACAAAGAGACUCGGAACAUCAAAUGAUCAUGAAUGCAAGGAGAAGCCUUGUACAGAAAGUACAGAGGAGACAAAUGCCAGACAUGGGCAUGCUAUUUCUCAAUCUGAACGUCAGAAGAUCACAGCUGGUUUCUGACUCAGUCAACGAGAUCAUGCAGAAACGUGGAGAUCUCAAGAAGAAGCUAAAAGUGAAUUUUGUGGGUGAGCCAGGGCUGGACAUGGGGGGCCUCACCAAGGAGUGGUUCCUGCUUUUGCUCAAACAAAUCUUCCAGCCUGAAUAUGGAAUGUUCACGUAUGAUGACAAGGCCCACUGCUACUGGUUUAGCAGCAUCAAGGUGGACAACUAUUCAGAGUUUCAUCUGGUUGGAGUCUUGAUGGGUCUAGCUGUGUAUAACAGCAUCAUCCUGGACAUGCGCUUCCCACCCUGCUGCUACAAGAAACUGCUGUCUCCCGCUGUCGUACCCUACGGGAACCCUCGCGCACGUGUCGGACUGGUUAGUCUUACCGUGGACGAUCUGCAGCAGACCAUGCCGGACCUUGCUCAUGGAUUAAAAGAGCUGCUUGAAUAUGAGGGCAAUGUGGAGGAAGAUCUAUGCAUGACUUUCCAGGUUUCAAGGACAGAGUUUGGAAUAGUCAGAACAAUGAACUUGAAGCCUGGAGGGGACAAGAUUCCUGUUACAAAUGAAAACAGAGCAGAGUUUGUACAGUCCUAUGUCAACUGGCUUCUGAACGAGUCCAUCUACCACCAGUUCAGUGCUUUCUACUACGGGUUUCAUGGCGUCUGUGCCUCAAAUGCACUGUUGCUCCUGCGUCCAGAGGAAGUGGAGACCCUUGUGUGCGGGUCCCCAGAGCUGGACAUGUUUGCCCUGAUGAGGGUUACUGAGUACGAGGGAUAUUCCAGGGCUGACCCAACCGUCAAGGCAUUCUGGGAGGUAGUGCUGUUCAUGCCGGUACCUCUACAGAAGAAGUUCCUGUUGUUCUGUACGGGGAGUGAUCGCAUCCCUGUGGGGGGCAUGGCUGAGAUGGUCUUCAAGAUCGUCAGGAUAAACGCCUCUCUUAACAUGUUACCGAUCGCCCACACUUGUUUCAACCAGCUGUGCCUUCCUCCCUACAAGAGUAAGAAACACCUGGCCCAGAAACUUCUCAUCGCCAUUCAGAACGCUGAAGGGUUUGGUCUGGAGUAACUCAAGAGCUCUUAAGGGGAUCAGGUGCACAGGGAUCGUUUUGAAGAAGGCCAUUCUGAGUCAAUUGUAUGGAUGACAUCCUCUGGGAAGCCCAAAACUGAUGCAAGUGUGAAAAAAAAGUUGCCUUCAUCAUGAAAUCUAAGUAUAUAGUCAGAAAGAUUUAAGAAAUGACUGAACUCACAGAAUAUGGUAUGGCAAACAAUAACUUGCUCAUUUUUGUGCUAAUUGAUUGACAUUUUCUUAUAUGACUUUGCUCAGGGCUUGAAAUACAUUUUGCAGCUUACUUGGAAAAAAAUGUGCGCAUGGCAAAAAUAUGACAAAAAUAUGCAUUCACAAACCAAGCCUGGUAUGUUUACAACAAAAUCAGAAUGUUUCACAACAGGAUAUGAGGCACUCUAUGACAUAAAUACCCAUUUUCCUUUUACAAUCUAUAUUUGCUCGUUUCUUCUUUGUAAUGCAGUAUGAUUGCAAUUUUGGAAACAGCCAAAACUUGAUAUGCGGGCAGAUGUCAUCCAUAUAAUAAAGUCAGUGUGACCUUUAAGUAUUGGAUGACUUGUGUAUAAUAAGUGUUCAAAAAGGUGUUGUUUUGAUAUACGUGCAAACUGCAAGGUAGGAAUACGAGGCAAGAAAUUUUCAUGCAAUUUCAUUUUCACGUUGUCCAAAAUGGUAACCCUAUGCAAUUGUGAUGACCUGAGUGAGCACUCAAUGCCUUGCAGGUACAUUUUGUACACAUGCAAUACCAGGAAAGAACUAUUAGUCAAUUACUGUGGCCUUAGAUGAAUUUUUCCAUAUACUUUGACACAUUAUUGCUAUUUAACUUUGUAUGCAACAAAAUUACACUGUUACAACGGAUGGUGAUUGGUGAUAAGUGUUGAGGCACUAAAAUUGGUAUUAUGUAAUCGUUGAUUUUAUAUUAUGCAAAAUGUGAAAGUAUGAUCAUCCAAAAGAUAACAACACACAAGAAAUAAAGAAAUGUUUUCUUUUUUCUUUAUGAUAUUCAAUGUUAUUCCAUCAAAUUCACUUGUUCAUCUUUCGCAGCCAGUAGUGGAACGAAAUACCCCGAAAAAA